UCUCUCUCUCUCCCUCUCUCUAUGGGUGUGACUUUGACUCCCUCCCAGUUAUGACACAACUCCAGUUCCUUUGAAUCAGAAGAAUAACUCUUCCAAAGUUACAAGGCUCUUUAAUUGCACGGUGGCUGCUUUUUGUACCUCUUGUGGGAGCCCCAAAAUUUCAACGCUACGCAAUGUCCAAGUUGAUGUGGAUGGUCUGUUUUGGAUUAUGCUGCUGGAUCGGUGUUUCCCAGGCACAAUAUGAUAUCAGCUGCCGGUUCAAGGGUGUUUUCCAUGUGGAGAAAGGCCCCCGAUACAAUCAGACUGCCGAGGAGGCCAGGAAAACCUGCGCUGAGUUGGAUGCCGUCAUCGCAACUGAGGAGCAGAUGGAGAUUGCUAUGGAGUCUGGAUUUGAGAUCUGCAGGUAUGGUUGGAUAGAGAACAACACGUUGGCCAUUCCUCGUAUCACGCCAAAUAAAAAAUGCGCUAAUAACUUUGUCGGACUCUAUGUGCAACACCCCAACCUUACUUCUAUGUGGGAUGUCUUUUGCUACAAUGCCUCAGACCAAACUGAAAGGAACUGUGAAAAAUAUGACUUCAAGAACGAAAGUUUUGUAUCGCGUGAUCCAACCCUGGAAGGAGACUACACUGAUUCUGAGUCCAGUAAGGUGAGUCCAACUCACCCUGGACUUGACGUAGGUCCCAGCUACAAUGAUCAAUGGACUGCUUCAGAGGAUGUUACGACUGAACCUGGGAUGUCUACUGAGCAGUCCGAGCACUCAGGAGAUCACAGUGUACUACCAGAGGAUGGAGAUAUUAAAAAUAAUGAAAAUGGGGAAGACUGUUGCGCUACCGAUGGAGAUGAUCUGAUCGCAGUUGGCUCUGGUGAAAAAUACAAGAAUCGAGAAGAAGGCAGUUCCCCGGGAACAGACCCAUCUAGUCACAGGAACACAGGAUCAAAUAAUGAGUUCCCAGACGCACAUGAUGGCCACCAUUCAGAUGAUAACGCUGAGAGUGUGGAUCCUCCCAUCGAGGAUUUAGCUACCGGUGACAAGUCAGGAUCCAAGCAGAACAGACAGAAGAGAAUGGCGGCUAUUCCAGAUUGGCUGAUCGUGUGUGUAUCCCUGGUGUGUUUGGGUCUGAUCUUCUCGGUCUGCAUUGCACUCAACGCCCGCAGAAUAUGUGGCCAGAAAAAGAAAUUGGUGAUCAAUGGCAACAACAAAGGAUGUCCAGAAGAUGGAGUUAUCAUGGAGCAGAAUGGAGACACAAUUAAAUCUCAGGAGAUGGUGCAGCUAGUAUCUAAAGAGCAGACCAAUGAAUUAGGAGACCAGGACGAGCCUCUGAACCAAGAGAACAUGCGUAAUACAAAGGACGUGGACAUGAAAAUCGGAGUCUAGAUACUUGUAUUACCUUUGGGAAAAACUGCAAGGGGACCUCUGUUGGGAAUCAAUGAACUGGGACUGACGUUUAAAAGUAUAAAGAGCCACUGAACUCUGUCUUAGGAUCCUGUGUUGCUUAUUUUGCUACUUUGCAAAUCAAGCCAAAUAUUGUUGGCUCCUCAUUGUUUGUGUGCAGAUCGAUACCACUUGACACACCCAUGAAGAGAGAUUCAAGGUGGUGUGGUGAAAAUAGAGGGCAGGUAAACAGAAAAAAUAAAUAAAAAAAAGCCAGAGAUGUGCAAACUAAUUUAAAAGUACUUAUCAAAAUAUGCAAGAUCAUCAAUGAACCUUUUAUUCUGGACCAAACUCACUGGUGGGGCUAACUUAAUCUUUUUGAAUGGAUCAUAUUAAAAUGCUGAAGGCAGCAGCGAGAAAUGUUAAAUAAAGCUACAUCUGAAGGUACUUUGUAAAUAGAA